GACGCGCAAUGGCAGCAGCCGCCUCUCUCCUCCACGAGCCCGAGAGAAGACGCGGACGACCUGCCGAGGUUGAGCGGAGUGGACACGAACGUGGGCAACGCGGACGUCUUUGCCCCCCGAUCUUCCCCUCUGCAGCCGCCUCUCUCCUCCACGAGCCCGAGAGAAGACGCGGACGACCUGCCGAGGUUGAGCGGAGUGGACACGAACGUGGGCAACGCGGACGUCUUUGCCCCCCGAUCUUCCCCUCUGCAGCCGCCUCCCUCCGCCACGAGCCCGAGAGAAGACGCGGACGACCUGCCGAGGUUGAGCGGAGUGGACACGAACGUGGGCAGCGCGGGCGUCUUCGCCUCCCCAUCCUCCCCUCAUGAACGACAGCGUGAUCCUGCAGAUCUUAUCCCACCAUUAUUACAUGCUGUUUCUCAAGCGCGACCCGUUGUGCAACCAAAGGUGCUGUGGAGUGGGCGGUUACUAUCCGAUCCAAGACUGCAACGCGGGCUGCUAGCAAGUAUUCAGGCAGCUGCUCAAGGCGUCCCGUCUUCGGCAGAUCCAAACCAUCCCGGAUUUUCGCCACCGUUCAUCGAUCGCUCACAAAGUCCGGAUGCAUAUAUUGGCCAAACUGGCUCCCUGGAUGAUGAACAUAUUCCUUUGAAUCACGAGUCAGAUGUCGCCCAAUGGGAGGGAGGAGCGGACCCUCAUUUCUUCGACUCGACUGGAGAGCAUUCCGGCGCAGAGAAUGCGAACGCGCCACGAGAUACUUCUGGUGAAGACAGCGAUGAAUACGUGGACGAGGAGGGUGACGACGACGCCGACGACGACGACGACGAGCUUGAGAGAGACGCGGUUGACGAAGAAGACUGUGCACCUUCCAAUGCACGUCGUCGAGUACCCACCCAGAAGCAGGCACCAUCACAAAAUAAUGAGGGAUCGAAGGCAUCAUCGGUUACCAGGACGCACAAGGGCGAAUCGCUUCAGACUUCAGAGGGUAGUCCGAAUCAGGCCGGAGCAGAACGCAGAGCGGACGCCGGAGCGGCGGAAAGAAUCUCACGAUCUGAAAAGGCCGAUGCUGCACCCGACCCAAAGGGGAAGGGGAUAUCACGAGACCCUUCCGACAACGAGCAACAGUCCGCGUCUGAAAAUAGGGGUCUCCUAUCGCAACGCAAGGCGAAGGCGAAGGCGAAGACGAAGGCGAAGACGAAAACGAAGGCGAAGGCGAAGGCGAAGGUGAAGGCGAAGGCGCAUGUUCCAAAGGAUGAUGGCGGGGAGCGUGGUACUGAUGAAGAUGAUGGCUCGAGCUCAUCUGAGGAGACUACAAAAUCGAAACCCGGCCCUUUACCAAAGAAAUACCUCGCCAUGAUAGAAGACUUCAUCGAGCAGAUUGACGAAUUCGUGGAAAAGAUGGCGAUUUUGACCGAACGGCCCGCGGAGAAAAUCCUGAAGAUGUUGUUUGGCCCGGAAGUCGUAAAGCAGCGUGCCAAGAGCCCGUGGGCGGCUUUUUCUUCGUGGUACGCAAAGCACAAACCGCACGACAAAGAAAACGAGUCACCGGAAUCCUUCAUGGCUCGGUUGCAAGCUGAAUAUCACCAGAGAAUCGGCCAGUUUUCUGGCCAAGAAAAGGUAGAUGCUGCGCAACCUUACCUGGAUUGGAGACAGGAGCGGGAGGAGGCGUAUCUAGCGAAACUCGGCAAGGAAGGGAAGCUCAAGCGCGAGUUCAAACGUGCCGUGAAACUGGCGGUACAAUUGGCCAAAAACCUCUGGAGGCAUGAAGGUCUCCAUUGUUUCGGCUUCCUCAUCGACACUAAAGGCCCCUGCGGAUUCACGGCCUUCGGAGGUUCUCCGCCGUGGGCGGAACUCAGGACGAGGUACGGAGGUGACAUGUGGAACACUAUGGCGAACUAUCAGGCCGCGAUUCGAGUUCUCGAGAUGGCAAUGCUGGGCAUCGGGGCUCCAGAGUUACCGCCUCCUUCGCUUCAAAGCGAUGUGAUACCGGCAGCAAAACCUCGUGAAGGUGAACGCGAAUACUUGCAUCGCGUCUUUAAGGUGUUGUUCAAGCGGAAAUGCCUGCGUAUUCCCAUCACGGUCAAUAUGGACCACUUCCCGUGGCAUAAAUUGCUCGACUUCAUGUUAAAGCACGAAGUGCGGCUCAUCAAUGCGGACCCCGACUUCUUCUUGAUCUACACGAACCCCAGCUAUGCAUUCAAGUUCCGAGGGAAUGAGGAGAAGGCCGCGUCCUGGGAUCAUAAGGCCGACAUCCCGCUCGUCACACGGUGGGCCCAUAGUGAGGACAAGGAGGACGAUAUCGUCAUGAUUGGUGACCUCGAGCAAGUCGUGAUGUACACGGUGGAGCAAACUAGUGCCUGGCACCAAAGAAGAUACGGAGUCCAAGGCCGGGCAACGAGAAAUUCCCGUGGCCGUGGUCGAGGGAAGGGCAGCCGAGCAGCAAAUGUAGCCCCGCGGCCGAAGGCCGCUCGUUUGUUGCCGAACGAAGCCCGCGAUCCGUCCUCCAACGAAGAAGAAUUGUACUUCCCGAAUGAUGAUGGGACGCACGAGCCAGAUCAGCAGUACCUUGUGUACAGAGAUGAGGACAGGGACACUGGCGAAGGAGCAGGGGUCGAAAAGUCACUGGGAGACAAGCGCUGGGGUGAGCAGGAGGACGGGGGAGAGCAAGGACGGGAUGCGAUGAGACGAAUUGGUCAAGACAAACGUGGCGUCGUCAAGGCCGUCGAGGUGGAUUCCGAUGUCGAGACUGCUGUGAUGCAUCAUCAGUCGACGUUGCAGAAGCGCGCAUACGUUAUGAACGAAAAUGAAGAGAAUGGUCGACAACCGGUGACCGAAGCGACGAUUGCAGGCAUCGGGGUCAUCGAGACCCAUGCAUCAUCGCAGUCUGAGCCCACCACCGGCCGCGGGCCCAUCACGAUAUCCGGGCGCCCUGGAGCCGAUGGACGAGGACGAGUCACCGCCUGUCCAGCCAAGACCAAAGCCGCGCCCAGUCAAAAGGGCCCGAGAGGAGGUGCAAACGGACGAUGA